CCAGCGGAAAACGGUUUCAGUGGACCGUAGGACUAUGCACUCCCAUCACAGGCCGCGCGGGGUGACAGGACUGAGUCGGCAGAUUGGAGUCAAAGCGACGCUACAAGCACCAUGAUGCCUGUCGUCCUGUUGCCGGCAAAGGUAUAAAAGGAGGCCAUGUUGAGGGCUGAAGGCCUUUUGCUUUCAAGACCCUAUUCUCUCAAUUGCUUAAGAUCAGAGACUUGUUCUUUCAACCCGGUGCAAUCACGGUACACCGUCAUUCACCUCCCUCACUACCCUCAGUCAAACUUGGUAACACUUCCUUCAGCAAACAUCUUCGCUCUCAGCACGACCUCCACUCUUCUCUUGUCCUACGGUCCACCAGCAAGCAAACAUGUCUUCCACACACGCUUACUACCCUUCAUAUCCUUCUGGGCCCAUGCCCAUCAACAUGCCCCAGAAAGGUGGUUACUACUAUCCUCACCCCCAACAUGUUUAUGGCCGUGUAUCGGCAUCACCCCCGGAAGCUCCUGAGAGCGUCACAACGUCUGGCGGCCCGUCUUACGAGCCCUCGGCAACGUCGAGCAGCUAUGCUGGCAGUGCAAGUGACUAUGACUCCAGCGGCACGACUACAGGUGUAGAUCUUAUGGAUUAUAUGGGUGAUCGUAUCAACGGCUCAUUCAACCCAACACCGCUGGAUCGCAGUCUCGCGAGGCAGGCGCAAACAUCAGGCGAACUCAACGCAAAACACCGAGAACUCAUGGAAUUGCAGGCGUUGGCUCAGCGGCGGCUAGCUGGCGCUCGAGUCAACUUUGCAGAUGGCAUGAGAGCCGCAAAAGAUGUGCAGAAAGAUCUGCAGUGGACGCAGAAGCGCGUCGAUGCUUUGAACAAUCGCGCAGCUCGCAAAUAUCCUGAGCAGUACAAAGCAGCUCAGCACCGAUAUCCUGCUCCUGUCGACUAUUAG